UUUACUCCUCCGUGGCAUGGCGGAUGGUCUUCGCCGCCGCAUAUAGUGUUAUUUGGAGGAAUAACUUCGCUGAUAUAGCGAAAUGAGUCUAUCAAUCGCCCGACCGCUCGUGUCGGUCUACUCGGAGAAGAGCGAGGCUGUCGCUGGCGCCUCCCUCCCCCUCCCCUUCGUGUUCAAGGCCCCCAUCAGGCCUGACCUCGUCAAUGAUGUGCACGUCUCCAUGUCCAAGAAUGCGAGGCAGCCGUACUCCGUCAGCAAGGAAGCAGGUCACCAGACCAGUGCCGAGUCCUGGGGUACCGGACGUGCUGUAGCCCGUAUCCCCCGUGUACGCGGUGGUGGUACCCACAGGUCCGGCCAGGGUGCGUUCGGUAACAUGUGUCGUGGUGGACGCAUGUUCGCGCCCACGAAGCCGUGGCGCCGCUGGCACCGCCGCGUCAAUCUAAGGCAGAGGCGCGCCGCCGUCGCUGCUGCGGUCGCCGCUUCCGGCGUACCUGCCUUGGUACAGGCUAGAGGUCACAUCAUUGAGAAGGUACCUGAACUGCCCCUGGUGGUUUCCGACAAGGUCCAAGAAAUCAACAAGACCAAACAGGCUGUCAUCUUCCUGAGACGCAUCAAGGCCUGGUCUGAUGUCCUCAAGGUAUACAAAUCUCAGCGUCUCCGCGCCGGUAAGGGUAAGAUGCGCAACCGUCGUCGCAUCCAGCGCAAGGGACCCCUGAUCAUCUACCACAAGGACCAGGGCCUGACCCGCGCCUUCCGCAACAUUCCCGGCAUUGAGAUGCUGAACGUGGACAAGCUGAACCUUCUGAAGCUCGCCCCCGGUGGCCAUCUCGGUCGCUUCGUCAUCUGGACCCAGUCGUCCUUCGACAGGCUUGACUCCCUGUUCGGCUCCUGGAAGACUCCCUCAAAGGAGAAGAAGAACUUCAACCUGCCCCAGCCCAAGAUGGCCAACACGGACCUGAGCCGCUUGCUCAAGUCUGAUGAGAUCAGGAAGGUCCUGCGCGCGCCCAACAAGCGUGUAGUCCGCGCCACAAGGAAGUUGAACCCCCUGACCAACACCAAGGCUAUGCUGAGACUGAACCCGUACUCAGCUGUGUUGAGAAGGCGCGCGGUCCUCGACCAGGCCAGGAGGAACAACGUCAAGGCUCUGGCUCUGGCUGAGAAGCGUGGCAUCAAGCUGCCCGACUCUGACCCAGCUGUCAAGGCUGACAAACUCCGCGUGCGAAGGGCCGCUGCCGCCAAAGCCGCUGCUGCCAAGAAGCCCAAGAAGCCCGCAGCAAAGAAAACCGCCCCCCCUCCACCCAAGAAGGCCGCCAAGGCCUCGAAGGGCGUCAAGAAGACGACCACCAAGAAAUCUAAAAAGCCCAAGAAACAGGUGGCCGCCGCCAAGUGAAAACGUUAAUAAAUUUAUAUAUUGACA